GCGAGAUGUUAUGGAUUAAGAGUUUGUUCAAACUUGUGCGAGUGCAACGGGAUGCAAAUCGAAUGCUCAAGACCCUUGAUUGUCCAGGACCGAAUUUGUUGAUGACUAGGGCACUUGCAUCGGCAAUGUCACGCUCACACUAAAAUCACCCCUACUAAUGUUCAGUCACAAAUUAGCUCCGUGCAACCUUCGUGCCGGUCUCAUAUACCCUCACUUGUGGCCAACCCCCUCGACACAGGUGACAAUAACCAAAAAUAAGUCAGCGAAGUUCGGUGCAGAUUUGCUACGCAUCGAUAAGGAGUACUACGUUAUACGAGUAUAUGAGGUCGAUAUAUCUCGGGGAGUUACUAGUGAGAAAACAGGAGCGUAUAGGAUGGGAUUGUCCUUUGGUGACAGGAUUGUGUCCAUAAAUAGGCAUGCGGCAUCACAGAUAGACGAUGUAAGACACGUGCUCGACGAUGCAACAACAGUAACGGUCGAGUUCGUGGGUCAGCCGUUGUUCAUGAAGGUUAUGUUACAUGUCAGCGACGGCCAAUUAGAGGGAUUGAAACUAAAGGGAAGGAAAGUGGAAGAGAUCAUGUCAACUAGUGCGGCGUACCACAGGGGCGUGCGAACGGGACAUGUAGUGUUCGCCGUGGAAGAAGUGUCAUGUCUUGGAGACAGCGACGACGUUGUCGAGCAGCUCGUUAACUCCUAUUUGCCGAAGCAUCGAUACUUGAAUUUCAUGUUUGUGGGAGAGACUGUGUGGUAUCUGUUCUUGGAGGGUGUAGAAGCUAUGAUCGCACGAUCGGGGAAAUCGGUGAGUGUCAGACAGUAUGUGGGACACUCGCUGAUGCUGGAUAAGGAACGGAUGGAGGGCUACAAGUCGGAAUGGCCAGAGAGACAUCAGACAUCUGAAAUGCGGACGAAGAGAGAGGACAAGCUCCUAUGUAAGCACGCGAGCUUCCACAAGAGAACGGAAGAAAUGAAAGUCAGAUACUAUAUGUCAAAAGCUUUAGGGGUGUCUGGGAGUGGGGGUUCGCUAGCAACGGGAGAUUAUACAAUUCAGUACACUCCUGUGUAUUCGUGUAUGUGCACCAAUACCUAA